UUUACAAAUUACAAAAUGCCUUCCUUUCCGUUUCUCUCAAUUAUCAUCAUAUUUUUCAUGGCGGCCGUCCCACCUCCUCCUUCUUUUGGUUCACAGACGGCUUGUAUGGCGGCGGAUCCUCCUUUAUCGCCUGACAUAAUUCCCCUUUUACCGUCUCCCGUUGGAGCCUCACCAUCUACGACUUACUCUUCCUUGCCCACCACCGUUCCCUCCACCCCAUGUCCCCGUAACUCUGGCGACUUAACGUCUUCCGCAGCCGCUCCUGCCGCCUCUGCGCUUCCACUGCCAGCUUCCUCCACGUCUUCUACAGUCUCAUUUGGGUCUUCCCGGUUGACGGCGUUUUUAGUUGUGUCAGCUUAUUGCUUAAUUUAACGCGGGUUUUUUUGUCUGGGUUUUCUUUGCUUGACAAUGAGGUGACACACAGUUCCGUGCACCGCAGCGGUGUUGUCGCGUUAGACACACGAAACGACAACAAAUUUGGCGUUUAAUGUGAUUGAAGAAUCCAUCACACGUUGGUCAUGCUUUAUUAGACAUGUAAAUAAUGUCGGGUUUGGUUAAU